GAGAAGUCAAUUCAAGUUCUCACCGCGUUUAUGUCUGUCUGUCAGCAUAACCUAUGUAGUAAAAUUGGCAAGCUAGUUAUUAUUUGUUGUAGAUGUGGCGGGAUUUGUCUUGUCGAUUUUAUUUAUGCAACGACAGGAUACUGCUGUGAAACAUUCUUGUUUCAUUAUAAAUAUUCAUGUUACUUCUUUGUUUCAUCUUACUAUCAAUACGCCAUUGAUGAAAAGCAUGGAUCGCUCUUUUCUUCCCUAAUCUAAAAGACCCCUCAAGAAAAGGAAAGCUCUACAAUGGCCGACGGGCAGCUAUGUCAGACGAUCAACCGGAUAGCUGAGGAACUCAGCCUGGAUGAGUCCAGGAGGCUGGUCUACCUGUGCGGAGACCUGGCCGCUCACUGCUGUGUGGGGGACGUGAAAGGGACGUUGAAAUCUCUGAUGAGCCAUGGAGAGGUGGACCAGAUGUUUCUGCUGGAGCUUAUGUUCAGGAUGGGGCGAUUUGACAUUUUGAAGAAGGUGCUGCGGGCUAACAAAAAGGAUGUCGAAGGAAUGCUGGGAACUGGAUGUGUUGUUUCAGAAUACAGAGUGUUGAUGGCAGAUGUAAGUGAAGACAUGGAUAAAGAGGAGUUGAGGUCCCUCAUUUUCUUGCUGAGUGGCACAGUACCAAAAGGGAGAUUGGACAACGCUACGUGUUUCUUGGAUGUUGUUGUGGAGCUGGAGAUGCUGGACAAGAUCUCCUGUGAGAAGGUGGACCUGAUUUAUGAGUGUCUGAGUAAUAUCCAUCGGUUGGACCUCGCUAAGAAGGUUGAAAUGUACCAGAACAGAGUUGCAGGUCCGAAAUUCCAGCCAAAUUUUGUUCAGAGACCAGUGAGGAAACAGCAAGGCUUUACAAAGUUUCCGCCCCCCGUGACCCCCAGUGCCCCCCCUGUUCCCUCUGUCUGGCAUCGGCUGCCCAAACCCCAUGCUCCAGAGAACAUGAAAUUUUCAGUGCCUGAAACCGGGUGGCAGUACUGUCAGGGUGCCGUGGACAUGUACAGGAUGCGAGCUGACCCCCGCGGCGUGUGUGUGAUCGUAGACUGCGUGGGCAGUGAUGGGGACAUGUUGGAGCAGACGUUCAGCCACCUGCGCUUCAGGGUGAUCCUGCACAAGUGGCUGAGUGUGGAAGAGACCCUGUCUGCCCUGAGGGAGGUCUCCCGGUCGACGGAGCUCAGGGGAGCCGAUGCCUUCGCCUGCUGCAUCCUCAGCCGGGCCACUGACACUGACCUGCUGGCCACCGAGACGCAGGGCCGGAGGCUGCGGUUGGACACCGUCCGACACCUCUUCACCACCGAGGCCUGCCCGGCACUGGCCGGCAAGCCCAAGCUUUUCUUCUUGCAGUGCUACAGCGUCCCCGAGCCCCAGGCUUGCCGUGGUUUCCGGGACGAGGACCUCGAGACCGAUGGGCCGGCCGCCGUCCACCGCGUGCAGACUAUCCCGAACGACGCAGACCUCCUCUGGAGCCUGUGCAAGACUGACUCCCGGCAGCUGGAAAGCAUCAGGCAUCGGUCUGUGUACCUGCAGGCUCUCAGCACCAGCCUGCUGAAAGGACAGACAAGGGGGAAGCACCUUGUAGACAUUCUCACAGAGGUGAAUGGGGUAAUAUAUGAGCACAAUCAGAAGAACCCAGAAGAGAUGUACCACGUCAGCCUACGACACACUCUUAGGAAGAACCUCUUCAUAUGACAAGUGGCUGCUCAUUAACCUUGUCUUGGUGAUCCACGUGGUAUGGAUCAUACCAGGAUGACAAGGUGACAUCAUGCUCACUAAUACUACUAGAGGUAUUGUGUGCCCUCUAGUGGUAAAUGGACAUAUUUGAGCAUACCACAACCCUGACAUUCUUUGCAUUGACUUACAUUACAGUAUUUAUUCUGUUUAUUUAUUGGAACCACAUAUUGUAAAAUUAAGUUCUCAAGUUUUACAUGAGCCUCAACUGUAUUUACCUCAUAACUGUUUUUAUGUUUUAAUCAUUUCUAUCUGUAGCACUCAUGUCUUAGCAAUAUUUUUAAGCAAUAUAUCUGAGUAUAAUCCACAUGUCCACUCAGUGUUUUGUGUUUCUUGAUGUUAAUGUUGUAACGACCCCUGGUCUAGGAUCAGGGAUCAUUGAAAAUGAGAGACAAUUACAGAUAAACCCCAUAAAGCUUUAGUUGUGUGAGGUUGACCAUAAAUCAAUUCUUCUGAGAGACUGACACCAGAUCAGAAAUUUUAAAACAAACUGGGGUUAACAUUAGAGUUUAGUAUACAAUCCCAAACUGGCUGUUAAGGACACAAAACACAUAUAGCAUUUUGUUUAUCUGUUAUGUAUGUAUUAUUGCUAUGUACUAGCGGUCUAGCAAAAAUCUUGAUCAAUUUCUUGUACAACAGCAG